AUGGCCCAUCAAGCACACCCAUUUCAUAUAAUUAGCCCCAGCCCCUGGCCCUUAACAGGUGCAAUUGCCGCUUUACUAAUAACAUCAGGACUCGCCAUCUGAUUCCACUUCCAUUCAAUCAAUUUAAUUUUACUUGGAACAGUACUUCUUCUUUUAACCAUGUAUCAAUGAUGACGAGACGUUAUCCGAGAAGCAACAUUUCAAGGACACCACACACCCCCUGUUCAAAAAGGCUUACGAUUCGGCAUAAUUCUCUUUAUUACCUCCGAAGUUUUCUUUUUUCUCGGGUUCUUCUGAGCCUUUUAUCACUCAAGCCUCGCCCCGACCCCUGAGCUAGGGGGCUGCUGACCCCCGGCAGGAAUUACUGCAUUAGACCCAUUUGAGGUCCCUCUGCUCAAUACAGCCGUCCUUUUAUCCUCUGGGGUAACAGUCACCUGAGCACAUCACAGCAUUAUAGAAGGUGAACGAAAACAAGCUAUUCAAUCUCUAGCACUGACCGUCGCUCUAGGCCUUUACUUCACAUUCCUUCAGGGUAUGGAAUAUUACGAAGCUCCUUUUACAAUUGCAGAUGGAGUCUACGGCGCAACCUUUUUCGUAGCAACUGGAUUCCACGGACUUCAUGUUAUUAUUGGCUCAACAUUCUUAGCUGUCUGCUUAUUACGUCAAACUCAACACCACUUUACAACACAACACCAUUUCGGCUUUGAAGCCGCCGCUUGAUACUGACACUUCGUAGACGUCGUAUGAUUAUUCCUAUAUAUUGCCAUCUACUGAUGAGGCUCAUA